UCACUGCAGGUAGGGAAAAGUUGUGAAGAUUCCUGCAUCAUUUUCGUUUUAAAAUUGCUUGAAAUGGCAGAGAGGGUAUCUAGUCCUUGCACUGUGGAAAAACUGAAGAAAAUUAUCCAAGAUGUACGGCCGUCUUCCUCAAGACCUCCUGACAAGACUAAGAACAGGAAAGACCCAACCUGGUCAGCCAUUCUGCAGAUACAGGCACAUUCCAUGACUAACAGAUACAAUGAGGUGUAUCCAGGGAUUUUCCUCGGCGAUCACUCAUUAGCCAAAAAUAAAGAAGAACUUGUCUCCCUGGGUAUAACUCAUCUUCUUAAUGCUGCAGAGGGAACAAAGUUCAAUCAGAUCAGUACAAAUCAGGAAUAUUACCAGGACGUAAAUAUUAAAUAUUUUGGAAUCCAUGGUCAGGAUGUUAUGACUUUCAAACUGUCCAAGUAUUUCAAAGAAGCUGCUGAUUUCAUAGAUGAAUGCUUGAAAUCUGGAGGGAAAAUAUACGUCCAUUGCUUUGAAGGAGUCAGUCGAUCUGCCACAUUGGUGACGUCAUAUCUCAUGUUAAAGCAGGGCCAGACUGCCGUGGAUGCACUGACAUUACUGAGACAAAAGAGGGAGGUCAUGCCAAAUACAGGAUUCAUGAAACAGUUAUGUGAACUGGAUGAAGAAUUACGAGUGCACUGACAUUACUGAGACAAAAGAGGGAGGUCAUGCCAAAUACAGGAUUCAUGAGACAGUUAUGUGAACUGGUUGAUG